AUGCUGCCGGCGCCAGGUAUCGCUUGUAGCUGGCUGUGGCUGGUGCUGUUUUCGCCCGAGUUCACGAAGUUCACGUCUUGGGAGACGCGCUGGACUGGGGGAGGUGUGCCAUAUCUUCCAGAGCCAGGGACAUUGCCGAGCUGGGCUUCACCAGUCAUUGUGGUACCGCACCAAGUUCAGCGAGACCUUGAGCAACUUGAGUACCUCGUCGCUCGAGGCGUGCUGAAUUCGGAGCUGGAGAACUAUGUGGCUGAGUUCGCUUUGCCGGAGUUUCAGCUGGCCUUAAAGGUGGUGAACCAGGCCCUUGAAGGCACAAGCGAUGACUCUGCCGUCAUGGAGCCCAAUGAGCAUUUGGCCGUCUUCUUUGGUCUCUAUGGCAGGCUUUUGCACCUGCAUCCCGGUAAAGCCAUGAAGACUGACAUCAUCAACCCACAGAUUAACUUCGAAGCCGUGCAGACAGAGUUCAGGAAAAAAAGGCACCGCGUGGUGGUGAUCGAUGACUUCUUCUCGGAGGAAGGGCUUCAGGAGCUGCGGAAUUUUUUGCUCGAGUCGACCAUGUGGAUGGACGUGAAGCGAGGCUAUGUGGGCGCUUACUUACACACGGGCUUUGCUUCACCUUUGGUAGCACAGGUCGAACAGGAGAUUCGGCGAAACUUCGCAGAUCUUUUGGAGGGCUUGGUGCUACAGAAUGCCUGGGCUUAUAUGUAUGAUGGCAACUUGCCUGGCAUCGGAGCCCAUGCUGACGACUCGCAGCUGCAAAUCAACAUCUAUGUGACGCCCAGCGAGGCCAACCUGUGGACAUCAGAUGCCACGUUGCCUUCUGGUGGACUGGUGUUGUAUGGCGUUGGCCCGCCGAAAGAAUGGGGCUUUGAGAAAUACAACAGUGAGAGUAAAAACUCUCAGAUACAGGAGAUUCUUCAGAAGUCUGACUGGAAUCUGACUAUUCCAUAUCUUCAAAACAGAGCAAUCUUGUUCGACUCGACCUACUUCCACAAAACUGACGAGAUGCGAUUCCGGGAAGGUUACACCAACCGACGGAUCAAUCUGACAUUUUUAUAUGGUAGGCGAGAGAGGCUCGUUCCAGCACCAGCGGUAGCAUAG